UUUUACGAAUACUUCAACACACGACUCGUUGUGUAUUUCAUUUUAGAAAUAGUUUUCCCCUAAAGACAACCAAAAUUUGCUUUCCCGAGCGCCUUGCUUUUAUCAAUUUAAAAUUUUAGUAGAUCCAAUUUCGGCCGAGGAAUCCGAGUCUUUAUAUAAAUUAGCCGUUUUAUCAGACAAUUUAGGGGAACCAGAGACGUAACAGAGAUGCCAUUCUUCGUGAAAAACCUGCCAUCCAUUCGCCACCUGGCCAAUCGAAGUUUAAUCGAGGGGCGACGCUCACUGACCACCAUAUCGGGCCUGGAGAAAGGUCCAAACAGCGCUGUCCAAAACUCAAAUCCCUGGUACAAGGACUGGCCCAUGAGGGAGGAGUCUUUUGCGGCAGCCCAGCUUCUCCGCCAGCGGCAGCAGAACCGCCGGUGGAGCACCAACUACUCCGGCCUGGACUCCGCCAUGUUCCGACCCGUCGCCAAACCGGAUGAGAUCGUGCCCCGCCGCAACAAUGUGGUGGCCGCCCAAAACGCGGCCCGCAGGCGGAACUUCAAGUCAGCGCAGGUGCCCCAAUACAAGGACAUGCAGAGGCAGGAGGAAGAGCAGCAGCGACUGGGCGGCGAACCAGAAGCCAAGGCCGAGGAGCACGACUACGAGUCGGAUCUGGAGGUUCGAUCAGUACGGGAGACUGUAUUCGGGCCGCCAGAGGACAACUCGGAAGAGGAGAUGGACCGCGCCCGUGCUGAGCAGGAGCUCCUCCAACGCGUGGCCAUCGCCUCCAAGCAGGCGGAACGUUUGCCGAAUAGCGCCACCAUUUCCCGGAAGGUCAUCUCGCCGUACAACUCCUACCGCAGCCAUCGCACCCGCUGGGCGGAGUUCCGGCACUGCAUGAUCUUCGGCCGUACGAGCUACUGAGCCAACAGGGACUCGUCAACAGAAAGCUUAUCCUUAUCCGUUGAUGUCUCUCUUUGCGGGAAACGCACGUGAAAUUCACGUUUCCCUUUGUAUGUGGGGGCUCUCGCGUUCUUCAGGAACAAAUACAAAUUCGGCCUUCAAAAUUAA